AUGGAAAGACUGGGAGAACUUGAGAGGCUGACGGUAGAAAUCAAGGCCCUGAAGGAGAAUUUGAAGGCGAAUAUUGAUAAAGUUCUUUUAAGAAGAGUGGAAGAAGAAAGUGAAAUCCCAGAAGAAACGAAGGAAGAAAGUGAAAUUGCAGAAGCAAAAAAGAAAGAUGAUGAUUUGGUAUUAUCUCUAGAAGAGGAGAUGGAUAGGAAAGAAGAAGAAAUGCUUGCUGCGAGUUGCACGUUGGUGGAGAUUUUCAGGGAACUUGAUUGCUCCUUCAAUGGCGCUGAAAGAAGAAUGGGAAGACUAAGCACUCAUGAACUCAUAGAAGCCUGUGUCCGUUACAAAGACUUGGCGAAGCUGAUCGAAACGGAUAUAGUAUCGGUUCAAAGAGCGACUUCAAUUAGGAAUUUUUGGCAACCCAAAAUCAGUGCUUUGUUCCAUGCGGACCAAGAGGCGGACCAAAAUCAGAGAGAUUUAGUACUACUCAAAGCGAGAGCAGGUGAAGAGGUCUAUUGGCUAGUUCGGAAGGGCUUCCGUGAAGCGCGAGUGGCUUCCAGGAUGGGGUGUUAUAAAAAACCAUGGAAUCUUGAUGGAGAAGCUACACUUACCGAAUUACUUGAUGCGCUUCCAUUGAUAGUCCGACGGCGGCAUACGAGGCCACGUCGUGACUCGUGA